AUGGCAGGCGGUGUCAAGAAGCCCGUCAACGUGUUCAACCUCGAACACACCGGGGAGCCUGCAGGCGUCUUCAACUGGCGGCUCUGGUUCGCUGUUGUGUCCUUUGGUCUGCUGGGUGCAGCCCGAGGCAUUGACGAAGGUCUCAUCAGUGGCGCCUUCAACUCCUUGGACUUCCAGGAUGCCAUCAACUACGACUCAUACACUCUCAAGGAGAGGGCGAACAUCAAGGCAAACGUUUCAGCAAUGGUACAGAUCGGCUCUGUGGGCGGUGCAUUGAUUGCUUUCAUGAUUUGUGAUCGAAUCGGUCGUAUCUGGGGAGUCCGCGUCCUGUGCACCCUCUGGGCCAUUGGCAUCGCCAUAUUUAUGGUUGGCGGUGUUGCCGGUAACCUAGGCGCCAUCUAUGCCGGCCGUUUCGUUGCUGGCCUCGGCAUCGGACAGGCUUCAGUCAUCGGCCCAGUCUACAUUGCUGAAAUCGCACCCGCCUCAGUUCGUGGUCUCUGCACCUGCUUCUUCUCUGGCGCCGUCUAUCUCGGCAUCGUACUCGCAUACUUCACCAACUACGGGUGCCACUUGCACAUCGCCAGCACAGAUCACAACCAGUGGCUUGUCCCUACCAGCCUACACAUCAUGUUCUCUGGCGUUCUCUGCUCCCUCACCUUCUUCCAGGUGGAGAGCCCCCGUUAUCUCAUCAAGCAAGGAAAACGUGAGGCGGCUGCCCAGGUCAUGGCUCGGCUGCGCCAGCAACCUGUCGACAGUGAUUAUAUCAUCCUGAGCAUCAACGAGAUUCAAGUCAGCCACGAACACGAGCUCGAGGCCACCGAGGGCAUUGGCUGGACCGGAAAGCUCAAGGAACUUUUCUGCAACAAGAGCAACCUCUAUCGUCUCUACAUGUCUACUGCUGUGCAGAUCUUGGCGCAGUGGUCUGGCGCAGGCUCAAUCACCCUGUACGCGCCUGAUCUCUUUGAGAUCCUUGGUAUCAGUGGCAGUUCCGAAGGGCUCUUGGUAACCGCUGUGUUCGGCAUUGUCAAGCUCUGCUCGGCUGUUUGCUGCGCUCUCUUCUUGGUCGACUUUAUUGGACGCAAGAAGGCCCUGAUACUUGGUAUUGCGCUCCAAGCCAUUGCCAUGAUCUACGUGGCAUCGUUCCUAACAGCUGUGCCAGAACUUGGGGUCGUCGAUGGAUUUAUCCUACCCGCUUCCAAGCUUGCCGCCAGUCGUGGUGCUAUUGCUAUGAUCUAUAUCUCCGGAGUCGGCUGGGCCCUUGGCUGGAAUACCAUGGCGUAUAUCCUGACGGCGGAGCUAUUUCCUCUGCGCAUUCGCGCCCUCGCUACGUCGUGGGUCAUGGGUCUUCACUUUGCAGCGCAGUACGGAAAUACCCGUGCAGUCCCGAACAUGCUGCUGCCCCUUGCGAAAGGCGGAAUCUCUCCUAGCGGAACCUUUUGGUGCUUUGCUGCGGUCACAACUUUUGGUGGAAUCUGGGUUUGCUUCUCUGUUCCUGAGACUGGCGGCCGAAGCCUCGAGAGCAUGGAUCGGCUGUUUGACCUGCCGUGGUAUAAGAUUGGCCUCUAUGGGAACAGGGAUGCCGAGAGGCAAGAUCAGGUCUUCAACGAGAAGGAGAGAGCUGCGGGCGAGGAAUUGGGCCAUGGCGAGCAGAUUGAAAGGAUUGAGGACGGGAAGCAAGUCGCUCAAACAGACCAGACUGUAAUACUUACCUUACAUUUGAGCUGA